CUGUGCGGAGGGAUUGGCCCACAGGAAACGCGAGUGAGUUUGGUGAAGCUGAAACAGGAACUUGGGUGCAGCUCGGCUUUGCAGCCGGAACGGGGGCGAGACUCUCAAGGGCCGAGGAAGAGCAGCAGGGGGGCUUCCCAGCCAAGAUGUGGAAAUCUGUGGUGGGCCACAACGUGUCCGUGAAAGUGGAGUCCCAGGGGGAUGACUGGGACACUGACCCAGAUUUUGUGAAUGACAUCUCGGAGAAAGAGCAGAGGUGGGGAGCAAAAACCAUUGAAGGUUCUGGCCGCCCUGAGCACAUUGACAUCCACAAGCUGAGAAGCAAGGUGUCUGAGGAGCAUGAAGUUCUCAAGAAGAAAGAGCUGGAGGCAGCACCCAAAGCUUCCUACGGUUAUGGGGGCAAGUUUGGAACAGAGAAGGACCGCAUGGACAAGAGUGCCCUGGGCCAUGAGUAUGUUGCUGAGGUUGGGAUGCACUCCUCUCAGACAGAUGCCGCCAAGGGGUUUGGAGGAAAGUACGGGGUGCAGAAGGACCGAGCAGACAAGGCAACAGUUGGCUUUGCAUACAAAGGUGAGGUAGAGAAGCACGCCUCCCAGAAAGACUAUGCAGUUGGCUUUGGAGGGAAGUACGGCGUGCAGAAGGACCGUCAAGACAAGUCUGCCUUGACCUGGGCCCACAAGGAGGAGCUGAAGCCCCACGAGUCCCAGACGGACUACGCGGUUGGCUUUGGAGGGAAGUACGGCGUGCAGAAGGACCGUCAAGACAAGUCCGCCUUGACCUGGGCCCACAAGGAGGAGCUGAAGCCCCACGAGUCCCAGACGGACUAUGCGGUUGGUUUUGGAGGGAAGUACGGUGUGCAGAAGGACCGUCAGGACAAGUCCGCCUUGACCUGGGCCCACAAGGAGGAGCUGAAGCCCCACGAGUCCCAGACAGAUUACGCAAAGGGCUUUGGAGGGCGCUACGGAGUGCAGAAAGACCGGGUGGACAAGGCUGCUGCUGGGUUUGGCGAGAUGGAAGCACCCACUUCCUCGUAUGAGAAGACGAGACCCGUGGAGGCCGCUUCCAGCGGGGCAGGCAACCUCCGGCAGCGAUUUGAGAACAUGGCCAAGUCAUCGGAGGAGGGGGACAGGAAGCGGGCCGAGGAAGAGCGGGCGCGGCGCCAGGCCCGGGAGCAGCAGGAGCGCCGUGUGGCACAAGAGCAGCAGCAGAAGGAAACCCAGAACAGUGAAGAGCCCACGCACAGCAGCCCUCCCGCCCCGCCCCGCUCACCAGGGCCUGCCAAGGUGCGCCGAGAGGCCGGCUUGCCCCCUCUGCCGCCAGAACCCUGCCAGGGAGUGGCUGAGGAGGAGCAGCUGCCGGUCCUCCCCCCGAGGACUCUGGCCUUGGAGGAGGAAAUCGGAGAGCCGCCCCAAGGCCCGGGCGUGCAGGAGCCCAUCUACACAGAGAGCGCCGACAGUGGUGGGGACUACGAGGAGGUGGCUGGGCCUCUGGAGCCCCAGAAACCUCCGAGCUUGAAGGAGGAGGAGGAUGGAGAGGAUUAUGAAAACAUCCCGGAGCCCCCCGACCACGAGGAGGAAGCCGAUUACGACUACACGUGCAUGGAGCAGGACUACGAGGAGAUCCCAGAUAUGAAGCCCAGCAGCAGCUGCUCAGGGGCUGGAGGUCCAGUGUACGAGGCGGGGGGAGGAACAGGCCUGUGCGCCUCGGCCGUGUACGAUUACCAGGGAGAUGGGGAUGACGAGAUUUCCUUUGACCCUGGGGACACCAUCACAGACAUUGAGCAAGUGGACGAGGGCUGGUGGCGUGGACGCUGCCGCGGAAAAGUGGGUCUCUUCCCCGCCAAUUAUGUCGAGCUCCUGCAGUGAAGCUCCCCGUACUGCACCCCUGUCGCUCCACCCCACGUGCCCACUCUAGUGCAGGCUCCAAGCCAGGCCCAGGGUGGAGGAAUCUGAGCUUGCAGCGGAUGGCUUCCUCUUGCCCUUGCUGCACAGUCGUGUGAGCAAGACCUUUGUCUUCCAAGUGGCUGCAGGUUCCGGAGGAGUCAAAGCCACCCUAGCCCUUCUGGACUGUCACUAGACUCCCCCACCCCCCACCCCUCUGCCCCACUCCAGACAGGCUGCAGUUUCUGAGCUUAUUCCGGUGGACUGAAGUUGUUGUCGUUAUACUUGUGUUAGUCGUAUGAACAAAACAACGUUUUUAACUAAUAUAAAGUAACGAGUCAACCCAAAAAGUGGCUGCAUUUUGGCCAUUUCUUUGGGAGAUGCAAUGGGCUUAAAAAAGCAGACGGAUGUCUUUAAAGCAGAGGGGCACAACUCAAAUGGUACAUCUGUUGGUGACCUCCAGACUUGACUUCUGUAAUGCUCUCUACGUGGGGCUACCUUUGUACAUAGUCUGGAAACUUCAGUUGGUACAGAAUGUGGCAGCCAGGUUGGUCUCUGGGUCCGAGAUGACCCAGAGACCAACUUGGCUGCCACAUUCUGUACCAACUUACUCCUUUACUGAUGGAGUUACACUGGCUGCCAAUAGGUUUCUGGACAAAAUACAAAAUCCUAGUUAUAACUUCUAAAGCCCUCAACAGCUUAGGUCCUGGGUAUCUAACAGAGUGUCUUCUUCACUAUGAGCCCCACCACCCAUUGAAGUCAUCUGAGGAGGUCCGUCUCCAGUUACCACCAACUCGUUUGGUGGCUACACAGAGGCGGGGCCUUCUCGGUCGCUGCCCCAGGAUUGUGGAAUGUGCUCCCUGCUGAGAUACGAUCCUCUGGCAAUUUUCAAAAAACACCUGAAAACCCAUCUUUUUGCCCAAGCUUUCUCAGCUUCCUAAAUUUUGAGGGUUUUAAUCUCUGGUGGGUUUUUUUUUUUUAAUUCUUCAAUUGUUUUAAGUUUUUUGUAUAUGUUUUUAACUGGUUUUAUGCUAUUGUAAACCACCCAGAGACGGAAGUUGGGGCUACAAAUAUGAUAAUUUAAUAAAAUAAAUAAAUAAAUAGAUGCUCCAGUGGGCCAGAACCAACCAUGGCUUGGUGUGAAGGGGCAGAGGCCAAUUUUCAGAGCAUUUUCAUAGGGAAAUUUAACAUCCGUAUUCAUGAAAGCAGUUAUUAGUUAGUUGUGGAUCUUUCUCUGCAUCAAGAGACCCACAAUGUCAAGCGUUGUGGUCAGAAAAUAGCUCUUUUUCCUGCUCAGUCAGUGGGGCACCUGGAGCCAGAGGUGCACAUAAGUAAUUUUGGAGCCUGGGCCUAAAGGCCCUUGGAACCCCCCCCCCCCCCGCACCCAAUUAAGCAUCGUCAUGCUCUGCCGGGCAACCACAGCACCCAGGACAGACUGGAGAGGAUGGGGGGGGCAGGGGUUGUGGAGGCCCUGGACUUCGGCCCCAAAGUCCAGGGGUAAGAGCACCUCUGCCCAGAGUGCAGGCAAGUCCAGAAUAAAUACCAAAUCCUCUCCACUCCCUGAAUGGCUGUUGCUUUCAGGCUGCAAUCCUAGGCAUGCUUACUUGGAAGUAAGCCUUACUGGAUACAUUGUGGGAUGUAUCUCUGAGUAAACAUGCAUAGGGUGGCAUGGUAAGGCAGUUUCCAGAGAGGAUGCCCACCUUGGAGGAGCAGGAACUGACCAAGAGUGACCCUUCUGGGGUAUGCAAUGCCUUCUGCUGCUGCCACCGUCCACAUGCUUCUCCUCUGGUCUCAAGUCCCCAACCGUCUUGAGCCAUUGCUGCUGCUGCUGCUGCUUGUUGAUGGGAUGAGCCGAGAGCUCUUCUGGGCACUAUCCUGUUCCUGCAGGAGAGUCCCUCCUGGGGGCCAGCAAAAAAAGUCCCCGAGGGCCAGAUCCAGCCCCGGAGCCUUAUGUUGUGCAGGCCUGUGUUAAAGCUUAAAAAAAAAUGUGAGGGCUGUAACAGAACAAAAGAUGUAUUAAUACAACUCUUCAAUGCUACUGAAUAAAGCAAGCCACAGUCUCUGAUU